CAGUUAUAGUCAUUUAUCAUUUUCACGCGUCUACAAAAUCUUGAACCUAGUUUCUCCCUCACUCUUUUACUCCAAACCCCAGCUACACCCACGGUUACACACACCCGCACACCUGCUUCCUGUAAACCUGCCUGCCUGCCCCCUCAUCCUCCUCAGCAACCCAUCCCCAGAUGUGUACACAGAAGUCAGAAGCUCAAAAUAACAGUCGCUAGGCAUUUACGGAGACUCCUCCCUUUUAGCUUCCAGUCCCUUCGCGGUUCAGUGAUCAAAGCGCUUGGCUGCUAACCAAAAGCUCCGCAGUUAGAACCCGAAAGCCGCUCUGUGGGAGAAACUGUGGCAGUCUGCUUCCUUAAGAGAUUUACAGUCUUGGAGACCCUAUGGGGCAGUCCUACUCUGUCCUACAGAGUCACUACGAGUCGGGUUCACUCCGCGACAGUGGGUUUGGUUUUGGUUAGUCCUGCCGCACGCUUAGCGAUCUUUGCCCUUCGACCUCCUCAAUGUGGUCAGAGGUUUCUGGUCUCCUCCCCUUCGCUCUCCUCAUCUGGUUUACGGUCUGAGAAGCCCCAAUCCCACAUCCCUGUGAGCUUGAGGUACCUGAAGCCAAAAAAAAAAAAAAACUGCCAUGACUCAUAGUGAUCUUAUUAUGACAGAGUAGGGCCGCCCCAUAAGGCUUCCAAGGCUGUAAACCUUCACGGAAGCAAACUGCCACAUCGGCCCAUGGAGCAGCUGGUAGGUUCCAAAAAUCGAUCUUCCCUUUAGCAGCAGAGCACUUUUACCACUGAGCCACGAAGGCUUCUAGCCGAAACCAAACUCACCCAGAAACAAAGGCCAAAAUGGCGGCCCAGGCCGUCUGCGCCUGCGCAAUCCUCGGCGCUCUAGCACUCCCGUGACUCUCCGGGGUGUGGCCAGGCUCAGGUUCAGCUUUGCGAGGAUUCCAGGGAGCUUUCCAACGGUCCAUCCGCAGCUUAGCCUGCGCCGAACUACACUUCCCAGAAGGUCCAGCGUUGCGAAUUCUCUACUCAAACAAACUUGCCCUCCUCUUCCCAACCUGUCCAGCUCUUAGGUAUCGUAGGCCGGGUUCGGGAAGGAAGCCCAGCUCAAAUGCUCCGGACUGGCCUUAUUUAGGAAUCACGGCCCGAGGUUCAGUCGGGACUUUGUGAGGUUUCCGGGGCGCAAUUUGAUGAGGUGGUGCAAUCCUCGCGGAGCCGCAGCUAAGCGCUGAAAGGAAUCCUAACGACCGACAUCGAAGUUCUUCGCCGCCGGUACGUCUCUAACUACGUUUCCGAGAGGACUCCGCGGCAUGACCGUGCUUCUCGCGGGAAUUCAGCCUCAAAGUCACGCUCUGGCGGGACCCUCAGGGCUGCACCGGCCACUGCUCCAGUGCUGUGGGGGUCUCUGCUACUUCGGAAGCUUGAAAGGCUUGAGAUCUGCCAUUUUCCAAAAGAGGUGCCCAGAAGAAGGGUUCUUUUUAGUAAAUAUCAAAGCCAUGGCUCAGGAGUCAGUGAUGUUCAGUGAUGUAUCCGUAGACUUCUCUCAGGAAGAGUGGGAAUGCCUGAAUGAGGACCAGAGAGACUUGUACAGAGAUGUGAUGCUGGAGAAUUACAAUAACCUGGUUUCAAUGGCAGGAUGUUCUCUUUCCAAACCAGAUGUUAUCUCCUUCUUGGAGCAAGGGAAGGAGCCCUGGGUGGUUGACAGAGAGCUGACAAGGGCCCACUGGCCAGUCCUGGAAUCAAGAUGUGAGACCAAGAAAUUAUAUCUGAAGAAGGAAAGUUAUAAAAUAGAACCAUCCCAGUGGGAGAUAAUGGAAAGACUUACAACACAUCAUCUUCGGUGCUCUAGCUUCAGAGGUGAUUGGGAAUGCAACGGCCAGUUUGAGAAACAGCUUGGCUCUCCGGACGGGCACUUCAGUCAGCUGGUAUUUACUCGUGAAGACAUGCCCACUUACCAUCAGCAUCCAUCCUUUACGUUACAGCAAAUCAUUAGCAGCAAAGAAAGAUACCGUGAGACCAAGGAAUUUGGGAAAGCCUUCCGACGUGGCCCCCAACUGACUACACAUCGGAUAAUUCAUACCAUUGAGAAACCCUAUGAAUGUAAGGAAUGUGGAAAGGCCUUUAGACAUCUCUCGAGACUCACUCAUCAUCAGAAAAUACAUACUGGCAAGAAACCCUUCGAAUGUACAGAAUGUGGAAAAACCUUUAUUUGUGGCUCAGACCUUACUCGCCAUCACAGAAUUCACACUGGUGAGAAACCCUAUGAAUGUAAGGAAUGUGGAAAGGCCUUUAGUAGUGGCUCAAACUUCACCCGACAUCAGAGAAUUCACACUGGUGAGAAGCCGUAUGAAUGUAAAGAAUGUGGGAAAGCCUUUAGUAGUGGUUCAAACUUUACUCAGCAUCAGAGAAUUCAUACUGGUGAGAAACCCUAUGAAUGUAAGGAAUGUGGCAAUGCCUUUAGUCAGAGCUCACAACUUAUUAAACAUCAGAGAAUCCACACAGGUGAGAAACCAUAUGAAUGUAAGGAAUGUGAAAAGGCUUUUCGUUCUGGUUCAGACCUGACUCGACAUCAAAGAAUUCAUACUGGUGAGAAACCCUAUGAAUGUAAGAUAUGUGGGAAGGCAUAUUCUCAGAGUUCACAACUUAUUAGUCAUCACAGAAUUCAUACUGGUGAGAAACCCUAUGGAUAUCAGGAAUGUGGAAAGACUUUUAACUAUGGCUCACAACUUAUUCAACAUCAAAUUUAUACUGGUGAUAAACUGCCCCACAGCGUCACAUUCACGUACCUCCCGCUUUACGACCCUGUCGUACGUCCAGCUCCCGCUCAAGACCCUGUGACUGUUUCCUCAGAAAACCCCACCCCCGCCGGUGCCCAGCGCGACCUCCCGCCCGCACUCUCGGCGGCUCUGAGACUCCGUUCCCUGGAGACCGUCGCGCCUGCGCACUCAGCGCGCUCGGCCGGCGCUCCCCGCAUGCCCCGCGCGCUGGCCGUUAGGCCCGGGGAGCGUUGUGCUCACUUAUGUUGGCCGUCGUGCCCUCGGCUCCGCUGCCUGUCACCACGUGCCGGGUUCGGGGCCCCAGGUGAGCAGUCCUGGCUGGCAACGUUAGUCCGGGCCAUCGGCAUGGAGGACGCUGCGGUCCCGGGGAUGAGAAGGGAGGGCGGUCGUUGCGGCACCCUGGGUUCCCGGCUCACUGUGUUACGGGCACUUGGCUUCAGGCACCCUGGGUUCCCAGCUCACUGUGUUACGGGCACUUGGCUUCAGGCACCCUGGUUUCCCGGCUCACUGUGUUACGGGCACUCGCCUUCAGGCACUCUGGUUUCCUGGCUCACUGUACUAUGGGCACUGGGCUUCAGGCACACUGGUUUCCUGGCUCACUGUACUAUGGGCACUCGGCUUCAGGCACGCUGGUUUCCUGGCUCACUCUGUUACGGGCACUGGGCUUCAGGCACGCUGGUUUCCCGGCUCACUGUGUUACGGGCACUGGGCUUCAGGCACACUGGUUUCCUGGCUCACUGUGCUAUGGGCACUCGGCUUCAGGCACACUGGUUUCCCGGCUCACUGUACUAUGUUCACUCGGCUUCAGGCACACUGGUUUCCCAGCUCACUGUGCUAUGGGCACUUGGCUUCAGGCACCUUGGUUUCCGGGCUCACUGUGUUAUGGGCACUGGGCUUCAGGCACCCUGGGUUCCGGGCUCACUGUGCUAUGGGCACUCGGCUUCAGGCACGCUGGUUUCCCAGCUCACUGUGUUACGGGCACUCGGCUUCAGGCACGCUGGGUUCCUAGCUCACUGUGUUACGGGCACCUGGCUUCAGGCACCCUGGGUUCCCAGCUCACUGUGUUACGGGCACUCGGCUUCAGGCACCCUCGUUUCCUGGCUCACUGUGUAUGGGCACUUGGCUUCAGGCACACUGGUUUCCCAGCUCACUGUGUUAUGGGCACUCGUCUUCAGGCACACUGGUUUCCUAGCUCACUGUUAUGGGCGCUCGGCUUCAGUCACACUGGGAUCAGUGGUGUUCAGUGACGUUUCCAUAGUCUUCUCUCGGGAGGAGUGGGCAUACCUGGACUUGGAACAGAAGGACUUGUACAGAGAUGUGAUGUUGGAAAACUACAGCAACCUGGUCUCACUGGCAGGAUGUUUUGUUUCUAAACCAGAUGUGAUUUCCUUACUGGAGCAAGGAAGAGAACCCUGGGAGGUUGUCAGGAAAGGAAGAAGACGAAACCCAGAUUUGGAGACCAGAUAUGACACCAAGAAGUUAUUUUCAGAAAAUGGUAUUUAUAAAAUAAAUUUAUCACAGUGGAAAAUAAUGGAGAGAAUGAAGAACCAUGGCCUUAAGGGCCUUGUUUUAAAAAAUGAUUGGGAAUAUAAAUGCACAUUUGAAGGACAAGAGAGACCUCAAGAAGGAUACUUCAGUCAAGUGACCAUCACCCCUGGAAAAGUGUCCUCUAACCAGAGACACGCAUCUCUUACUCCACGUCAGAGAAUUCAAUUUAUUGAGAAACCCUAUGAAUGUAAGGAAUGUGGGAAGGCCUUUAGAGUGCGCCAACAACUUACUUUUCAUCACAGAAUUCAUACUGGCGAAAAACCCUAUGCAUGUAAGGAAUGUGGGAUGGUCUUCAGGCAGACUGCACACCUUACUCGACAUCAGAGACUUCAUUCUGGUGAGAAACUCUAUAAAUGUAAAGAGUGUGGAGAAGCUUUCAUGUGUGGCCCGGACCUUCGAGUACAUCAGAAAAUUCAUAUUGGUGAGAAGCCCUAUGAAUGUAAAGAAUGUGGGAAGGCCUUUAGAGUGCGAGGACAGCUUACCCUGCAUCAGAGGAUUCACACUGGUGAGAAACCCUACGUAUGUAAAGAAUGUGGGAAAGCCUUUAGACAAUAUGCACACCUUACUCGACAUCAGAAACUUAAUAUUGCUGACAAACUCUAUGAAUGUAAAGAAUGUGGGGAAGCCUUUUUGUGUGGCUCAGGCCUUAGAGUACAUCACAAAAUUCAUACUGGUGAGAAACCCUAUGAAUGUCAGGAAUGUGGGAAGGCCUUCAGAGUUCGACAACAACUAACUCUCCAUCAGAGAAUUCAUACUGGUGAGAAACCCUAUGAAUGUAAAGAGUGUGGAAAGACCUUUAGUCGUGGUUAUCAUCUGAUUCUUCAUCACAGAAUUCAUACUGGUGAGAAACCUUAUGAAUGUAAGGAAUGUUGGAAGGCCUUUAGUCGUUACUCACAACUCAUUUCACAUCAGAGCAUUCAUAUUGGUGUUAAGCCCUAUGACUGUAAGGAAUGUGGGAAGGCCUUUAGACUACUCUCACAACUUACACAACAUCAGAGUAUUCAUAUUGGUGAGAAGCCCUAUAAAUGUAAGGAGUGUGGGAAAGCCUUUAGAUUGCGCCAAAAACUGACUUUACAUCAGAGCAUUCAUACUGGUGAGAAACCCUUUGAAUGUAAGGAAUGUAGGAAGGCCUUUAGACUUAAUUCAUCCCUUAUUCAACAUCUGAGAAUUCAUUCUGGUGAGAAACCUUAUGAAUGUAAGGAAUGUAAGAAGGCCUUUAGACAACAUUCACAUCUUACCCAUCACCUGAAAAUUCAUAAUGUAAAAAUAUAAGAAUUGUAAUUAAGUCUCUUGGUAAAGUACAGGGUCAGCAGAAAAGAGGAAGACCCUCAAUGAGAUGGACUGACACAGUGGCUGCAACAAUGGGCCCAAGCAUAACAACGAUUGUAAGGAUGGCUGAGGACCGGGCAGUGUUUCAUUCUGUGAUACGUAGGGUCGCUGUGAGUCAGAAUCGACUCAGUGGGACCUGACAGCCACAACAACAAUUAAGUCUCUAAAUCUAAUUACCAGUUUAUAGGAAACUUGGGCAAUAAAGGAAUAAACUAAUGACUGAAGGAAGCAAGCAACCUUAUGUAGAAUAUGGGAUAUUCUGCAGAACAGAUGUCCUGGUUUCUUAACCAGUACGUGUCAUGGGAAAAUGAAAAAGAGGAAUUUGUUACAAAAUAAGGGGCUGAAGUGACAUAUCAAUCAAAUACAGUAUAUGGAAUCCAUUGGAUCUUGAUUUGAAUGAAUAAAUUAAAAUUGGGGGGGGACUUGAAAUGUACAUGUGGACUGUAUUAACUGAUCAACAGUUUUCAUUUUGUUAGGCAUGAUGACAUCAUGCCCACGUGUGUGUGUGUGUGUGUGUGUGUGUGUGUAAUCCUUGUAUGGUAAUUAUUGAAGGGUGAGAUUAUGUCUUGUCUGAUUUGCUUUGAAAUACUUCAGAAAAAAAAAAGAAAGGAUUGGCGAAACAAGAUUUGCCAAAUGUUGGUAAGUGUUGAAAUUGGAUAAUGGGUACACAGGGUUCGUUGGUGCUGUUUUUACUGCCUUUACAUGUAUUUGAAAAUUUCCCUAAUAAAGUUUCCUUUAAAGGUAGAAAAUCAAAUCUGAGAUUUUAGACUACUCAGAGAUGAAUGAUAGUUUGGUGCCUACAAAUAAAGAUUUGUGGGAUGUUGCCGUAGCUCUACUUGAUAGAAGUCUCCAAACGUAACACAUUCUGAGAAGCUGGAUUGAGGAGCCAGUCUUGGCCUUGUUUACCACUCUGUCCCCACACCUGAUACGAUACUUGUCGCAUAACGGUAAGUGUGUUAAGCCAGAAAAGUAAUUUAAGAGAAAAACCUAAGCUGAGUAGCAGAAAGUGAUUCAUAUAAUAGAAGUAGAAAUUCAUGAAAUAAUAAAAUAGACUUUUUCCAAGGAUGUUUUCUUUGAAAAGACCAUUAAUACAGAAUUGGCAGCCCCUAUUAAGAGGAAAACUGUUGACUCAAUUGCAGCUUUAUGCAUGGGAAAGUGAAAUAGUUACAUAUAUCGAGAUAUUUCUAAAUUAUAAGGUGGUACUAUAUACAUGUAUUCUUAUAAUGUACAAAAAUAGAAUAAAUUAGAGGAACUUAAAUGAUCACAACCGACUCAAGAUACUACCAAAAAUCCAAAAAGACCUAUAAAAAACAAAGGAAAAAUGUUAAUGUAGUUAUUAAAAACAAAACCCUAGAAUCUGAUUGUUUUGCAGGCAGUAAAAUAUUUUAAAGAAUAGAUAACCUCUAACGAGGAUGAGUCCCCGAAGAAGGACAUCGUGCUUGGUUAAGUAGAGGGUCAGCAAAAAAGAGGAAGACCCUCAACAAGGUGAAUUGACAUGGCGGCUGCAACAAUGGGCUCAAGCGUAGCAACAAUUGUGAGGAUGGUGCAGGACCAGGCAGUUUCGUUCUGUUGUGCACAGGGUCACUAUGAGUUGGAACUGACCUAGUGGGACCUAACAACAAACUUCUGCCGUAUCACUCUGGCAAAUAUCCCAUUAAUAAAAUUAGAUGAGGAUACCAAAAAGAGCCAAACCCAUUGCCAUUGAGUCAAUUCCAACUCGUAGUGACCGUAUAGGACAGAACAUAACUGCCUUGUAGGAUUUCUACGGAGCAGCUGGUAGAUUCAAGCUGACAUUUUGGUUAGUAGCCAAGCUCUUAAGCACUACGCCUCCAGGGCUUCUAGGUGAGGAUAGUCCCUAAAAAGCAAAAUCUGGACCAAUUUCACUUAGAUAAUAUAAAAAUUCCAAAUAAAGUGUCAGUAAAUUGAGCUCAGUCAUCUAUUAAGAGAAUUGUAGAACGGAAAGUGAGUACCCAGAUCCUGACCUGUUGUGAUUUAAUUGCGUAUCCAGAUUUUAGGUAUUCUAAUUUGAACGAUGUAAUGGUCAUGGAAGAAAUGUAACGAUGUGACAUGACCCAUCCCCAGUAUCUUGUAGAUUGUUUCUGGUUGUUUAGCUUUGCCUAGCUUUACAAAAUAAUGAAUACAUAUGCAAAAUAGGAAGUCAACACUUAAAAAUUAUUGCCUUCCACAAAAAUGAGUAUUGCCACAAUUCAUUUUGAACCAAACUUUUGUAAUGUCAUUGUAGUUCUAUACAAGUCAACAACUUCAGACAAAAAUAUCUUUAAACAUAAUGAUUUUCCUCGUUUCCAAAGAGCUUCAGAUAUAACACAUAAGAAUCUUGAGACAUGGUACCACAUAGGUUAUAUCAAUAUAUUAAGCUUAACAUUUGGUAAUAAAAACUAUGGGUAAACAAUGUGAAUCUUUUACUUAAAACCAUUGGCUUUAAUGAUGCUAGAUUUAAAGGAAAGUAACUAAAUAAAAUUAUGACAAUAUGUGCUUGUUUCAUAAAACAAAAACAACCUUUUGUGGCUUUCUACUUUCAAAGUUGUCAGGAGUUUAUUAUAGAUUACUGAGAAGUAAUACUUUGGUUAUUUAAAGAAAAGGUUUUUGUUUUUUGUUUUUAACUAUGCAGCUUUGUUUUUGAUUCAGGAAUUUAUGUUGUUGAACCUUUGCCUUCAAGGCAGAUUGCAUAAAGAAUAAAAUCAAUUUUUUAACCUAGCAAUUAAGGAAAAUUUUGUUACCUUAAACAGUGAGAGAUCCAACUCUUCGUUUUAUAUGCUAUUUGAUAUUAAGCUCUUAAAAAUUCUUACGAAUUAACUCAUUAAACCUUCAGUUGCAAUAAGCCAGAACCUUGAUUAUAUUAAACAAAAAUCUUUAAUAAACUUUCAAAUUUCUUGCCUUUGUUAUAUAUAUAGUGUAACCUUUUAAGUGACAUAAAAUGAACAUAUCAUCAGAUCUAAAUAUACAAGCAUACCUCAUUUUAUAGUGCUUUGCUUUAUUGUGCUUCCCAGAUACUAGGUUUUUUACAAAUUGGAGGUUUGUGGCAACCCUGCCUCGAGCAAGUCUUUCGGCACCAUUUUUCCAACAGCACAUGCUCACUUUGUGUCUCUGUCACAUUUAGGUAAUUCUUGGAAUAUUUAAAUUUUUUUCAUUAUUUUUUUAUGGUGAUCUCUAAUCAGUGAUCUUUGAUGUUACUAUUGUAAUUGUUUGGGGGCUCCACGAACCACACCCAUAUAAAACAGCAAACUUAACUGAUAAAUGUGUGUGUUCUGACUGCUCCACUGACCAGCCAUUCCCUCUCUCCCUCUGUGCGGGCCUAUUUUUUUUUUUUAAUUAUGACACAACAUAAUUCCUUGAGACACAAUUUUUUUCCCUUUUUAUUGUACUUUAUAUGAAGGUUUACAGAACAAACUGGCUUCUCAUUAAAUGGUUAGUACACAUAAUUGUUUUAUGACAUUGGUUAACAACCCCACGAAAUGUCAACAUUCUCCCUUCUCUACCUUGGCUCCCGAUUACCGGCUUUCCUGUCCCCUCCUACCUUCUAGUUCUUGCCCCCAGGUUAUUGUGCCCCCUUAGCCUUGCUUUGUUUUAUGGGCCUGUCUAAUUUUUGGCUGAAGGGUGAACCUUGGGGGUGACUACAUUACUUAGCUGAAGGGGUGUCUGGAGGCCAUACUCUUGAGGUUUCUCCAG